AUGGUUGCCUCUGGUUCGGGCCUUGAGCGCGAGGACCACGCCCGCGAUGCUGCGUUUAACAAGGCCUUGCAUGGCAAAUCAGCUCAGGCUCGUGGCGGUAUCGCUGCCAUGUUCUCCAAGGGUCAUGAUGCCAAAAAGGCCGCUGUCGAUGAGUACUUCAAGCAUUGGGACAGCAAGCCUGCCGAAAAUGAAACGGCCGAGGAGCGCGCUGCCCGAACUGCCGAGUACGCCACCUUGACUAGACACUACUACAACCUUGCUACCGAUUUGUACGAGUACGGAUGGGGGCAGUCCUUUCACUUCUGCCGCUUCUCCCACGGCGAGCCAUUCUACCAGGCUAUUGCCCGCCACGAACACUACCUUGCCCACAGCAUGGGCAUCAAGGAAGGCAUGAAGGUUCUCGACGUUGGCUGUGGCGUUGGUGGCCCUGCCCGCGAGAUUGCCAAGUUCACCGGUGCCCACAUCACAGGUCUAAACAACAAUGACUACCAGAUUGACCGUGCUACCCAUUAUGCUGCCAAGGAGGGACUGUCGAAUCAGCUAGACUUUGUCAAGGGCGAUUUCAUGCAAAUGUCGUUUGACGAAAACUCUUUUGACGCCGUCUACGCCAUCGAGGCUACGGUCCACGCUCCUACCCUUGAGGGCAUUUAUAGCCAGAUUUUCCGCGUUCUCAAGCCCGGGGGCAUCUUUGGUGUUUACGAAUGGCUCAUGACUGACGAGUACGACAACGAGAACCUACACCAUCGCAAGAUCCGUCUCGGCAUCGAGCAGGGCGAUGGCAUUUCCAACAUGUGCAAGAUUUCCGAGGCUCUGGAUGCCAUGAAGGCCGCUGGCUUUGAGCUGCUGCGUGCUGAAGAUCUUGCUGACCGACCCGACCCGCUUCCCUGGUACUGGCCUCUCUCUGGGGAGCUUCGCUACAUCCAGAGCAUCGGCGACAUCUUCACCAUUGUCCGCAUGACCACCUGGGGUCGAACCAUUGCUCACAACCUGGCGGGUCUCUUGGAGACUCUGCGCUUGGCCCCUGCGGGUACCAAGAAGACUGCCGACAGCUUGGCGCUUGCUGCGGACUGCUUGGUUGCUGGUGGCCGUGAGAAACUCUUCACCCCCAUGUAUCUCAUGGUUGGUCGCAAGCCCAGCGAGUAA